AUGGCAGAGCCCAUCCCCCUCACCUGGAACGAGGCUUUGAGCGGCGUAACUGGCAGCAUCUCCCUCGCCGCCUGGAUCUUCCUGCUCGUGCCGCAGCUCUUGGAAAACUAUAAGCAGGGCAGCGCCGACGGCAUUUCGCUCACCUUCCUCUUCAUCUGGUUCAUAGGCGACGCCACCAACCUCGCAGGCGCCGCCUGGGCCGGGCUGGUCCCCACCGUCAUCGCCCUCGCCGUCUAUUUCUGCUUUGCGGAUUUCGCCCUUAUCGGGCAGUGCCUGUACUACAACGCGCUGAACAAGCGGCAAAAGGAAAGAGAGGAUGCGGUGCUGGAAGCGGGGAAUGAGCAGACGCCGCUGCUGAAUAAUGGUGGUGUUAACUCCGCUACUGCGGCGCCGCGGGCACCUCGACGAUCUCUGACCGAUGUCACGGAUGAGAAUCUCGGUCUGCCGGGCAGCAGGAGGCGGAGCAGCGCGAGUCGCAGGCGAACAACUAGCGAUGCGCCGUCGACUACCCUCGAGCGCAUCCUGGAAGAGCCUACCAAGACCUCGGCGUGGAUCAAGAACACCAUCUCCAUCAUCCUUAUCUGCCUCGCUGGUACUGCCGGCUGGGCCGUUGCGUGGAAGUCGGGCGCCUGGAGACCGACGCCGAUUGAGAAGGAACUUGCCUCUGAUGAGCCCAUUGGCGCGGAGAUUCUGGGCUACAUCAGCGCUGUGUGCUAUCUUGGCGCUCGUAUUCCGCAGAUUGUGAAGAACCAGCGGGAGAAGUCGUGUGAGGGGUUGAGCUUGCUGUUCUUUCUGCUGAGUCUGCUGGGGAAUGCGUCGUAUGGUGCUGGGAUCCUGUUUCACUCCGUUGAAAAGCAGUACUUCCUUACCAAUCUGCCCUGGCUGAUAGGAUCACUGGGGACGAUGGCCGAAGAUGCCAUCAUUUUCGCGCAGUUCUCGUGGUUCGGCGAUAAGAAAGCAAGCGCUGUAGAAUGA